AUGCAAGUGACAGGUGGCGAUGCAAGCUGCGAGAAGUCGUUCAUCACGGUCAGCGCCCUGUUCUCCCACAACCGCGCCCACUUCCGGGAGCAGGAGCUGUUCUCCUGCUCCUUCCCCGGCUGCAGCAAGCAGUACGACAAGACGCAGAGCGAUUUCCCAAACGCAGGCCACUGCGCGCAGACCCCCGGGCCCGCCCCCCACGGGUGGCUCGCGUGCGCGCCCGUGGCGGUCACCGCGCCGUGUCUGUGUCGCAGGAAGCACCAGGACGACAGGAGGUUCGCCUGCCCCGUGGAAGGCUGCGGGAAGUCCUUCACCAGAGCCGAGCACCUGAAGGGCCACAGCGUCACCCACCUGGGCACCAAGCCCUUCGCCUGCCCCGUGGAAGGGUGCUGUGCUCGGUUCUCCGCUCGCAGCAGCCUCUACAUCCACUCCAAGAAGCACGUGCAGGACGCGGCCGCCCCGAAGAGCCGCUGCCCCGUCCCCAGCUGCGGCCGGCUCUUCAGCACCAAGCACAGCCUCAAGGCCCACGUGGCGCGCAGCCGCCGCCUCAAGUCGCACCUCUUACCCCCGCUGGAAGCUGCCGGCCCUCUCGUCCCCGCGGCCGCCGAGCUGGGCGCCCCGGGCCAGGCCGACCUCCCCAGCCUGGACCUGGCCGCCCUCUUCUGUGACGCCCAGGCCACCGGCGGUGGCAGUUCCUCGGGGGCGUCCCCCGAGGCCCCGAACUGCGGCAUCCUGACCAUCGACGUGUCGUCCGUGAGCUCCCCUCUGGGGAGGAACGUGGCGGCCCACGGCCCCUCCGCGGGGCCCGUCGACCCCCUGGUCCUGGUGGCCCACGGGGACCUCGGCCCCGGCCUGGACGGGGCCCCCCUCGUCCUGGGCGCCGCGGGCCCCGUCCUGCAGCAGGUGACGGUCAGCGCGGGCGGGCUGGGCUGCCUGGUGGCGCUGCCCGUCAGGGACCUGGGUCCGGACCCCCCUUCCGCCGGCGGCGGCGGCGACGCGGUGGCUGCCGUUGCGCCAGCCCUUUCGGCCGCAUCCCGAGGACACGUCCCGGUCAAGCCGGAGCGGGACUCGCCUCCCGGCCCCGAGGGAAGCCGAGGGCCGCCCCGGGCCGGGUCGCAGGGACAAGCCACCCCGGACACGGAGCUCGGCGCGGCCGCCGCCACCACGGGCCUCUACUUGGUAGGAGGCGCCCUGUAGCGCCCUCUCCCCCCUCCUCUCUCUCUCUCUGUCUCACACGCGCUCUCGAGGAGAUUCCGGAUCAUUCCUUCCCGUGCGGAUGGACGGACGGACUGGGCCUGGGGGAGAGUCAAACAGCCCCCCGCCCCCCCGAGUCUGGAGAAAUCCGAGCCUGAACUUGACCCCGGGGACCCACGGGCAGGUCGGCCCGAGCCGAGCCUUAAAUUCCUCGCGUGUUUUCUAGAAUUAGGGGGAUCGGGCUGGACGGUUCUCUGAUCCGCGCUGCUCUCUCG